CCGUCGCCACCAGGAAGUGACGUCGCGGCCUCCGUCAGACUGUUGAUGUUGUGGACUGGUCGGCUGGAGAAGGGGAAGACGGAGACGCGUUUUGUUUUUGUUCAACUAAACCGUCGAAAAGGAGCCGAGUCGUCGCUUCCGUCGCCCGUUUCGGUUCGUUAAGAGCCUUAGCUCGGUGAUUAGGGCCGAAGGGCCGGGCCGGAGGGCGAACACACCGAAACAUUUGAUCUAGAAAGGGAGGACUCGUCACCCUCUGACCCCCUCCCUGCCUCCCUCACACGCUCACCACCAUGACGAUUCUCCCGAAGAAGAAGCCCAGCUCCGGGGUCGGCGUCUCGGACCACGCCGAUGACAGCGACCGUCGCAGCGGCUCCGACCCGCACCAGCACCCGCACCCGCACCCGCACGCGGGGCGGACCGGAGCUCGGCCGAGGGCUUCACCUCCGCCGUGGUCCUACCAGCCCGCUCCGCCCUCCGCCAGGGACGACAGGCGGAGCAUCGAGGCGAGCUCCCGUCCGCAGCAGGCCUCUCCGCCUCCCGUCGGCUCCGUGUCCCCGGUAGGGCCAGGAGACGGUCGGGACAGCAGCGGCGGGAUGGUGGCCGGCUCCCGCGGGGAGCUCGUCGUGUCGGCCGGCGUCGUCGGAUGCGGCGGAGGCAUCGGUAGCUGCUGCUCCGGGCCCGGACUUAGCAAGAGACGGCGGCAGGCAGGCACCUGCUCCGGCGGGGUGGUGGCGGCUUUGGCCGGCGGAGGCCAGCCCGGGGUGACCGGACCGGGAGGAGUGGGCUCCAGCCAGGAAACGGAGGAGGGAGCCGGGAACAACAGCGAGGACGAAUAUGAGAACGCCGCGCGGCUGCAGUCCAUGGACCCGGCUACCGUGGAGCAGCAGGAGCACUGGUUUGAAAAAGCUCUGAGGGAGAAGAAAGGCUUUGUCAUCAAGAAGAUGAAGGAGGACGGAGCAUGUCUGUUCAGAGCUGUGGCUGAUCAGGUGUAUGGAGAUCAAGAUAUGCAUGAAGUGGUCAGGAAACACUGUAUGGAUUACCUGAUGAAGAAUGCCGACUAUUUCUCCAACUACGUGACAGAGGACUUCACAACAUACAUCAACAGGAAGAGGAAAAACAAUUGCCAUGGCAACCACAUUGAGAUGCAGGCCAUGGCUGAGAUGUAUAACAGACCGGUGGAGGUGUACCAGUACAGCACAGAGCCAAUCAACACGUUCCACGGCAUCCACCAGAACAACGAUGAGCCAAUCAGAGUGAGCUACCACCGCAACAUUCACUAUAACUCUGUGGUGAACCCCAACAAGGCCACGAUUGGAGUCGGACUGGGACUGCCCGCCUUCAAACCCGGGUACGCGGAACAGUCUCUGAUGAAAUCGGCCAUCAAGACGUCGGAGGAGUCGUGGAUCGAGCAGCAGAUGUUGGAGGACAAGAAGAGAGCGACAGACUGGGAGGCCACCAACGAGGCCAUCGAAGAGCAGGUGGCCCGGGAGUCUUACCUGCAGUGGCUGCAGGACCAGGAAAAACAGGCCAGACAGCCCCGUAAGGCCAGCGCCACCUGCAGCUCGGCAACGGCGGCGGCUUCCAGCGGACUGGACGACUGGAGCGCCCGGUCGCCACGGCAACGUGACUCCGACCCCUCCCACUCCGACCUCACAACCACCCCGUCGACCAACAACAAGCCCCCAUCCCCCGCUGGAGCCGCCCUCAUCCUGAGCAAACCCCCCUCCCCCUGCGCGCCAGGUCCCAGUAAUCAGAGUCGUCAUCAUUUGGAGUACAGAGCCAUCAUGCAGGAGAUGUCGCCUACAGCAUUUGGUCUGACAGACUGGGAGGACGAUGAGAUUCUGGCGUCGGUGCUGGCCGUCUCUCAGCAGGAGUACCUGGACAGCAUCAAACACCAGAGCGCUGCCAUGCAUCGAGAGAGAGAGCCGUCACCUGACAGCAGCUGAUAACCGGCCGACACACGACAACACACAAACACACACACCGACACAACCAUGACCUUUGACCUCCCCCUCCACCAUCCUGACCCCCCCUCCACCCCUUCACCUCUGACCCACAGGAGAUCGACCAGGGAAAAAAUAAAACAUCAAACAAAGAAAUGCACACUCGUUUUUUUUCUUUCAGCUCAUCUGCUCAUCUCUCUCUACAGCCUGUCGUCUCUUCUUCCCUCCUUCCCUGUUUCCUUCCCUCAUUUCCUCUCAUUUCCUCCUCCCCUUUCACCCAUAACACCCUGCUUCCAGCCAAUAGUGAUCCAGCAUUACCAAACAACCUCCUCCACCCCCACUUUUCAUUUUCCAGAAGGAGCUUGGUCUUACUGCUGAUUUGGGAUCAGUUCUGACAUCUAAACAUCAUGUUUGGCAGCUUUAAACUUCAUCAGUUUAAAUUUUUAUCUUUUGUUUAGUUUUCAGAUUCGCACUGAUGAUUCUGUUUGUAGCGGGAUAAUUGCUCUGCGGCUAACAGGGCCAUUGGUUUCAUUGAGGAAUGCUAAUCAGAACUGAAAAAGACGACCGCUCUACAGGUGUAUCAGUGUCCUGUAUGCUAAGCUAGCAUGAAGUGUAAGUCUAGCUCCUGCUAACACUGCCAACAAGCUGAAUUGCUGUUAGCUUAGUUGCUGAUAGCAAAAUUUUUUAGCCACGAUCCUUACUGCUCUCUGAGUGCCCGCUGGCAGCCAUUGUGUAAGAAAAAUUCUAAUCCCCCGAAACAGAAAAAGAUGACCUCUCUACAGGUACUGCAAGCUACCACCUGAAGUCUUACCGUGUUGUAAAGCUAGGUUCCUUUCACAAAGCUAACAAGGUGCGUUGCUGUUAUCUUAGCUGUCAAUAACUACAUUUUUCCCUCUCAUGCUUACUCUUCUCUUAAUUGCCGCUGGCAGCCAUUUUGUGUGUGGAAUGCCAAUCAAAAUUCAAAAAAACUUAUUAGUGUCCUGUAGGAUAAGUUAGCUUGCUCUUUAGCAAGAAAACAAUCACCUGAUGUCUUGCUAUGUUGUAAAGCUAGUUCAUGAUAACAUUGCUAACAAGCCGCAUUACAGUUAGCUUACCUGCCUAUAGUGACUUUUUUUUUUUUUGCUCAUUCUCACUCCUCUUAGCUCCCACUGGCAGCCAUUUUAUGAGGAAUGCUAAUCAGAACCGAAAAUGACGACUAAAGCAUCUGUAUCAGUGACCUGUAGGCUACAUUAGCAUGCUCUUUAGCAAGCUAGCCAUUGCCAGAAGACUUACUGCAUUUAGGUCCUGCUAGCUCCUGCUAACUUCUGCUAACUUAGCCUUUGUUUAGACUGUUCAUGCUGUUAAUUCUGAUUACUCACACAAAAUGGCUGCCGGUGGAAGCUAUAAGAAGAGUGAGAAUUAGUGGGAAACAAUUUCGGUAUUGACAGCUAAACUCGCAGCAUCACAGCUUGCAAUUGGCGUUAGCAUUAUUUAACUUAGUCUACUGCACCUUCAGCAAAAUCAUUUUCCGCUCAUCUCACUCCUCCCGUACCUCCUACUCGCAGCCAUUUUGGGUGGGGAUGCUAAUCAGAACUGAAAAAGGCGACCAGCCCGUGGCGCAUAGGCUCUGUUAGCAUGCUCUUUAGCAAACAGGCUAUCACCUCAAGUCUUAUUAUGUUUUUUAAAACUAGCUCCUGCGGCUUCCAGGUUUCUAACACCGCCAACAAGCCGUGUUACAGUUAUCUUAGCUGCCAAUAGCGAAUUCAUUUCCCCAUCUUUUUCACAGCUCCACUGGCAGCCACGUUGUGCGACCAACACACAUUUACUUUCCAUCGUUGUCCGAGAAAUAAAAUGGCCAGCAGUGACUUUGCGAUGUGUAACACCUCCCCCCUCUUUUUCCUUCUUGUCUUCCUCCUCCUCCUCCUCCUCCUCCUUCAUCAUCAUCAUCAGCAUCAUCAUCAUCAUCAUCAUCAUCAUCAUCGGACUUAUUUAGCUGCAUGUUUAAUUGACCACGACCAAUAUCAUCAUAGAGAAAAAGCGACAAAUAAAAAAGGAGCGAAAAAAAUAGAGAAUUGUCAUACUUAUCCCCUUAAUGAUUGAUUAUUAUUGUUGUUAUUAUUAAUAAUAUAAGUUUGUUUUAUUUUAUUUUCUCAUUUGGGAUGAAAAGACCUUUUU